AUGUCUGACAUCAAGGUCGACGGUUUCAAGGCUUCUGAGGUCCUCGCUGCGCUGGCAGAGGUGUUCGCCAACUACAGCGACCAGGAGAAGAAGUCCCAGAUCAAGAAGACGAACGGCAUCUUUGAGAUGCGCGUGAAGAACGCCGAGGGCAAGGAGGGCGUCUGGACUAUCGACCUCAAGGAGACUGGCACUGUCUACAAGGGCGAGGCCAAGAAGAAGGCGAACGUCACCAUCAUCCUUUCGGACGAGACCUUCACCCAGCUUGCGGAGGGCAAGCUCGACGGCCAAAAAGCGUUUAUGACCGGCAAGCUCAAGACGAAGGGCAACAUGAUGUUCGCUACCAAGCUCGACGGCGUCUUGAAGGCGGCGAAGGCGAAGGCGAAGCUGUAG